UUGUGUCGGUCCAAAAACAGCGAAGCUGCCUGAGAAGUGGAGGGCAGAAGAGGGCCUUACGAAGGGCGGAUAUAUGCGGAAUUUUUAUUAGCUUGCAGGUGGAGGAAUUACUAGGAAAGUUAGCAUACUUAGCAUAUUUAGUGGCGCAGUAUGCUCAGUUAAAGUAAUUCUAAAUGUAUUUAAAAAAUUGCUGCUUUUAUUUCAGGAUAGGAUACAUAAGCAUAUCCAACCGAAGAUAGCUAGCAGGUUAGCAAGAAAAUAGAAACAACUCGAAUUUAUGUUUAAAGUCAUUAUUGGCAAAUUUGUAUUUCUUCACAUUAUUCACAGAAGCACUCGUCGUGAUUACAGGAAAAUUUUAAUUCGUGAGUUGCAAUCGUGUUUUAAAGCAGUAAUGUCUGCUGUUAGCUAGCUUACUUCGCUAGCAAGAAACGGCUAAACCUACGUUUGCUUAGUCUGCUAGCCAGUUACGUUAUUGUUCAACAAAUCGCAUCGUUAAGGAAUAGCGUCGCGUCUAACUUGAAAACAGAUCCGGCUCAUCUAUCUAAUUAAUGGGACAAUCUGUGCCGUUACGUCUGUCUAGCGUGAUCAUUUACGCAUAUCUAACUUAAGCUGUGACAUCUAAAUAAAAUACCUGUUUCUGCCACUACUGCCAAAUAAAACUCGACUCGGUCCCUGUGGGCAUCAGACAAUAAUGAUGGAGUCUCUUCAAAGGAACACAGAGGUAUCCGAACUGAAAGUGCUGCACGUCAAACAGGAAAUGCCAGAGAAGAUGAAACCCUUGCUGGAGCCAGUGUCCAUCAAACAGGAACUCUUCCAGGUGGACUUGAUGUCCAUAAAGGAAGAGCUUCCCGAGCUGAAGCUGGCGAGGGAGUCCUGUGAGCGAGUGAGCUGUGUUCCCAUCAAGGAGGAGAUGCUAGAGCCAAUCCAUGUCCACAGAGUCUUCCCAGACUUUGGACUUUUCAGUGCUGCAGAAUCUGACGACACACAGGUAAAUUUUAAGGAUGAGAGUGGUGGGGACUCUGGGAUGGUUUCCUAUUCUGUGCAGUGUGGCUUUUCCCAAGAACUAGCCCACUGGGGACAGACCAGCUCACAGCCACACUCUCUGAUGGCCCAGUGCUACGAAAGCAGGCCGGGCAAGGAAAGCUCUCGCAUGGGGUCCUUCUCAGCUCAGCAUUUCACCAUCCACGCUGAGUGUUUCACCCCCCGCGUGAACUUCCCCCGCUUUCAGCAUCUGGAGGCGGAUCACAAGCCGUACCGGUGCAGCGUUUGUGGCAAGACCUUCCGGCGCACGGACCACUUGAAGCGCCACCAGAGCAUGCACCUGGGGGAGAAGCCCUUCCAGUGCACGUGCUGCCACAAGCGCUUUUCCCUGCGCCGCAGCCUGGAGACCCACCAGCGGCAGUGCACGGGCGAGCUCACCUGCCGCUGCCCCGUCUGCGGCGACGUCUUCCAGAGCUUCAGCAACCUGCACCGUCACCAGCUCAUCCACAACGGCGAGAAGAGCUACUGCUGCGGCCGCUGUGGCCAGCAGUACAAGCACUCUGACUACUUCAAGAGAUACCAGCGGAUGCUGUCGGAGGACCAGCCGUAUUACUGUCUGGAGUGUGAGGAGGCUCUGAGCCAGUCCCCCAGCACCACCCUCUAAGAGACUGUCAGGAAAGUAGGAGCGUGAACCUGGGCUGCUCACUUUCCUGUUAUUCCCUUACAUACUACACUCUCUUCAUGUCUAACUGUUGGUACGUCGCCGUACAGCUGCAGAUGGGUUAUAUUAACUUAAGAUUUUCACUGUGUUUCUGUUUUCUGGAUUUAAAUUGUCCCUUGCAUUGUCAUUCCAUUUUAAUUCGAUAAAAAAAAAAACGUAUUUGCAUCACCAUUUUGAUUUUGAUCAAAUUUGGCUUGUGAAUCCCUCAUACCUUCCAGGGCUCAGAAAUGUUUCUUAUUUUUAAAACAUUUUCUUCAUGCAGUGCGUUUUCUACACUAUGGAUAGCAAAAAAAAAGAAAGAUAAUUCAAACUUUUCGUAUGAGCUGUAAUUUCUUUAUUAGAAUCAAGACUCAAGAUUUUUAUGUGUGACAUGCAUGAAUGUCCUGGUACACCUGUAGUGAAAUGCAAUUGCUGCUUCUCAGCGAACAAGGUAGAAAGAUAAGAAAACAAUACGAAGUAAUAUAAGUUAACAAAAGUACUAAAAUAUAGAAAUAUAUAAAUAGUAAAGACAAAAAAAAGAUACAAAUAUUUGAGAAAAGAUCUAAAGUGUAGGUUGCAGUUGUGACUUAUUUUAAUUGUCAGUGUUAAUGGUCCUGAUGAUCUGGGGGUAGAAGUUUCUCUUCACCCGUUUCGCAGUCACCUGCCUGAGUGUGCUUAUGGCAUGGGGGGGGGGGGGGGGGGUGAGAGACUGCGUGUCCUGGACUUGCAUCGCUGGAUGUAGAUGUCCUGCAGGGUGGGCACUUGUUGGGCUGGAAGGGAGUAAACAGGAUCCAUAGAGCUGGCUGGAGAUGAGGAGAUGAAGUCUUUCAUGAUCAUCUCAAAGCACUUUGUUACCAUAGAGGUCAGUGCAACAAGAUGGCAUUUUGGUAGGUUGAAUCGCAGUAUACAUUUCAGUUAUAGCUGCGAUGUAGAAGAGUCACCAAAGGUAAAUUUAAAAAAGAUCGAAACCCCCGGAAGACGUGUGUAAUUUGCAUACCAAAUUUCAGGAAAAUCAAAAAUACAAUGGCUCUUUAUUGAAUUACAAUUGAAUGACGGUAAAUCGUAAAACAUAGCAAGCCUAGUGGAAAAACAGACAUUGAGUCAAUUUUUGACUUAUUGGUAGUUUAUGAGGAGUUGUUGACAUUAAUAAGAAUAUUUAGUAGAUGCUUUUAUCCAAAACAAUAUACAAGUAAAGAAGCUGGGUCAGCCUGUCCCUGGAGUAUAGUGAUCCCCUGCUUAUCGCGGACGUUAUGUAGAAAGACCAUAUAAAAUAAAAUAAAAAAUUUAAUAGUUUGAGCCUUAAAUCGUAGGGCUUAAAACAAAACAAAAAGUUCACAAAAAGUUUGCUCACAAGAAUCAGACCAAAAGCAAGGUACGCGAUACGCAUAGAGCUGUGAUUCAUCGGGGGAGAAUCUGCGAUAUAGCAGGGUGCGAUAGCUGAACCGUGAUAUAACAGGGGAUCACUGUAAUUGGCGAUAAGGGCUUUGCAAUCACUCUGAGCAGUGAGAUCACUCUGCCAACUAUGGGAUGUGAACCAACAACCUUCCAGUCAUAUGCCUGCCAUAGUCCUGACCUGCAGAGCCACAUACCGUUACCGUAUACACCUUAUUAAAUGUAACUGAUUUCUUUAGAGUUUUGUUGAAGUUUUUAAUGGGUGAUGCAUUUGUUGUUUAGUAUCCAUUUGCAGCUCCUUUUUACAGAAAGGAAGUGUUCAUGUGUUUGGGGGAGUAUGUAGUAUAUUGGUUAGGGAACUGGGCUUGGAUUACCAGAGUUGUAACUGUAUCCGUUGUACUACAGCUGGAGUACUUCAGCUAAGUACUUAAUCUGCUUCUAUCAAUGUACAGUUAUGUAAAUUAAUAAAUGGUAAAACUUUAA